GUUCGGAGUCAGCUAAGCCAAGCGCAAUUGCUCAAAAUACACAUUUUUAAUUUUUGUUAAUAACUGUUUCUAAUAAUUUUGGUGAAACAUCGCGUGGUCAAGCGAACUAAGUUAAUUUUCGCGUGCGAAAAGUUCACCACUUUUGCGGUUACCAAAUAAUUAACUUGUAUAACUAUUUAACUGGAGCUAAUUAAACUGAAAUUUAGAACCCAAAAUGGGUAAUUCCAGUUCCAUUUGCGCCGAUCGCAAUGUCAUAACAAAUUUCGAUGAAAAUGGCACGCCGGUAUAUCCCACCGCCAACAAUUCUCAGAGUCCUUCCUCCCACAGCCGCGGCAAAGAGCGCGAGCUCGGCUGCUACACGAAGAGCAACAGCAGCAACAACAACAACAACAGCCAUGAGAGAGAGAGUCAGAGCUGUUGUAGUAGUCGUGUGUGUAAAAAUCAUACGACCACAACGACAACCACACUCGAAUACGAACUUUCCAAUUUCGCAAAACUAACGACACGAAUCACAACGCAAAGUGCCGCCGAAGUGGACGCAUCGCCGCAUACGGAUACGGACACGCAUAGGGACAGGGAUUCGAAUCAGGGUAAUAUAGCCUUAGCCACCGAUUUGGAACUGCCCAAGGGUCUGCCGUUAUCCUCGCGACACCACUGGAACCAGCUGCAGAGCAGUUUGCACGCCCUACACCACCAGCAACAGCAACAACAACGUUCAUACAGCUCCACCACUAGCGAAACAAAUUUGGAGGACAAGAUGAGCAAACCCGAUUCGAAACUAGAUAAAUACGCGCAGCGCGAUCGCCUGGGCCUUUGGGGCACUGGUGACAAUGAGGUGGUCGGCAGCCUCUCCGGAUUCACCCGACUCUUGGACAAGCGCUACUCAAAGGGCCUGGCCUUCACACACGAGGAGCGCCAGCAGUUGGGCAUCCAUGGCAUGCUGCCCUAUGUGGUCCGCGAGCCCAGUGAGCAGGUGGAGCACUGCCGCGCUCUGCUGGCGCGACUGGAACAGGAUCUGGACAAGUACAUGUACCUGAUCAGCCUGUCGGAGCGGAACGAGCGUCUGUUCUACAACGUGCUCAGCUCAGACAUCGCCUCCAUGAUGCCACUGGUGUACACGCCCACCGUGGGAUUGGCCUGCCAGCGCUACAGCUUGAUCCACCAGAACGCCAAGGGCAUGUUCAUAUCCAUCAAGGACAAGGGACACAUCUACGACGUGCUGAAGAACUGGCCGGAAACGGAUGUGCGUGCCAUCGUCGUCACGGACGGCGAGCGCAUCCUGGGACUGGGAGAUCUGGGCGCCAACGGCAUGGGCAUACCCGUGGGCAAACUGUCCCUGUAUACGGCCUUGGCGGGCAUUAAGCCAUCGCAGUGCCUGCCCAUCACCUUGGAUGUGGGCACCAAUACCGAAUCCCUGCUGGAGGAUCCCCUGUACAUCGGUCUGCGCGAACGCAGGGCCACUGGAGAUCUGUACGAUGAGUUCAUCGAUGAGUUCAUGCACGCCUGCGUCCGUCGCUUUGGCCAAAACUGCCUAAUCCAGUUCGAGGACUUUGCCAACGCCAAUGCCUUCAGGCUGUUGUCCAAGUACCGCGACUCCUUCUGCACCUUCAACGAUGAUAUUCAAGGAACCGCCUCGGUGGCCGUGGCUGGACUGCUGGCCUCGCUGAAGAUCAAGAAGACCCAGCUGAAGGACAACACGCUGUUGUUCCUGGGCGCCGGAGAAGCGGCUCUGGGUAUUGCCAACCUGUGCCUGAUGGCCAUGAAGGUGGAGGGUCUCACCGAGGAGGAGGCCAAGGCCCGCAUCUGGAUGGUGGACAGCCGUGGUGUCAUCACCCGCGAUCGUCCAAAGGGCGGACUCACCGAACACAAACUGCACUUUGCCCAGCUGCACGAACCCAUCGAUACUUUGGCCGAGGCGGUGCGCAAAGUGCGCCCCAAUGUCCUGAUUGGAGCGGCUGCGCAGGGCGGCGCCUUCAACCAGGAGAUCCUCGAGCUGAUGGCCGAUAUUAACGAGACGCCGAUCAUCUUUGCACUGUCCAAUCCGACCAGCAAGGCGGAGUGCACCGCCGAGGAGGCGUACACGUACACCAAGGGGCGCUGCAUCUUCGCCAGCGGAUCGCCUUUUGCUCCCGUGACGUACAACAACAAGAAGUUCUAUCCGGGUCAGGGCAACAACUCGUAUAUUUUCCCUGGCGUGGCACUGGGUGUUCUGUGUGCCGGCAUGCUGAACAUUCCCGAGCAGGUAUUCCUGGUCGCCGCCGAGCGCUUGGCGGAGCUGGUCUCCAAGGAUGACCUGGCCAAGGGCAGUUUGUAUCCACCACUCAGCUCCAUUGUCAGCUGUUCGAUGGCCAUUGCCGAAAGGAUUGUGGAGUACGCCUACAAGAACGGAUUGGCCACUGUUCGCCCAGAGCCGGUCAAUAAGCUGGCGUUCAUCAAGGCCCAGAUGUACGAUCUGGACUAUCCCCGUUCCGUGCCCGCCACCUAUAAGAUGUAGAUGAUGACCAGAUGAUGAGGAUCCAUUCCGCCUAGCCCCA